CACACGGCAGUGGUUCCCUGUACAUACAUAUAUAUAUAGACGUUAGUACCGACAAUGUUUGCCUCAGUGUUUUAUUUACUAUAGUUAGGGAACGGCGUGCCGUGUGUGCCGUGUGUUGCCCAAUGGAGAAUGAGAGAAUCUUAUCUCUCCGUGCUGCCUGCCACCACGUCUACAUAUGAUCUCGUUUCUUUUUUAAAAAUUUUUAUUUCCCUGUUUUUCUUGCGGUUAGACACACACACAACCGCGUAGCUAAAACGAACUCUUAAUUACGUCACAGCAGCCCCCCCCUCUCCCAAAUCACUAUCGACUUUUUGGGUCCAACGACGGAUGUGUUCGACCAUCAGCAAACGGAUAUCAUUUGACGACGCAUUUCCAUCAAGAAGGUGCCGUUGCGUUGGUGACGCCAUGAUGGCGACGAGGCCGGAGACAAUCCGGGCCGUCGUUUGGCUGCUGGUCCUCAUCUUAGCCGUUGGAACGAGUCAACGACAAAUGCAUCCGGAUGCAUCGACUGUGACUUUGAGAAACAAUUCCAGCCUCAUCAGCAACAGCUGGAACAGAGCCGCCAGGCAUUUCCAGCCGGAACACCACCACCGGAACCGCCGGAACGACCAGCAGAGUUCGUGUUUGAGCUGCGGUAACAAGUGCAACUUCCAGGACGGCCAGAACCUGACCUGCUACAAUGUGUCUCGUUUCACGCCGGAAUGUCUGGCGAAUUGCUCCGCAUUCGUCGUCAACCUCACCAUCGUCCAGGGUGGAUUCAAUACGAUGAACGACUCCGGUUUGCUCGGCGGCAACUUCACGCAGCUGCGGAUUCUAACCAUCCGGCACAGCAACUUGACCAGAGUGGAAUGGCUGCCGAAUCCGGAGCGGCUGAUCCAGCUGAAUUUAUCCAACAACACCAAACUGCGUGACGUGGCGUGGCACAUUUUCAACCGGACAACUCAACUGGAGAUAUUGAUCCUGGCCAACAAUACGCUGUCCCGCAUGGCCAAACUGUCAGAUGAUUCAUCUCUGGCGAAUUUGCCCGGCCUGUCGAAGCUGGAUCUUUCAGGUAACGAAUGGGACUGCGUUUGGGACUUCCAGUUCGUCCUGAAACUGCACGAGAGAGGCGCCCUGGUCAAUGGCGAUCACCUCAUGUGCAAAGACACCAAAUCGCAACAAGGCUCCUGGAUCGAGUGGAACUAUUCAAUCGUCAAAAGAGAAACAAAUAAAAAGACCGUCAACGCUGAAUGUCUUUCACGCACGAAAUGCUGCGACUGCAAAUUCACCAGCGAAGGCAAGGAGGGUCGAGUGUCUUACACGGUUCAAGUCGACUGCUCUUACAAGCAAUUGACGUCAUUACCUGCUCAAUUGCCAAGCUUUACCAACGAGCUGGACGUGACUGGAAACAACUUGACGAGUUUGGAUCAGGUCAUCAGGUAUCGCAAUCAGUCGCUCAAGAUUCUGAUCGCCGACGACAACCAGAUCGUGUCCAUUCGCAAUUUAUCCAACUCGGAUUUUAUCCGCAAUUUCAGUCGGUUCAGUUUGAAGAACAAUUACAUCAGUCCCUAUGAGAUUCCAUUGGAAGACAUAGUUCAAGUUCCGACCGAGUUCCAAAUUAAAUACAUUUACCUGUACAACAACUCAUGGGAAUGCGAUUGCAACAUGGCCACCAAAGUCCGGGACUGGCUGUGGAAGUACCGCAACAUCGUUAACGAUUCAUCCAUCUUGCUAUGCUCACGCGAUGGUAAAAAGAUUCCAGUGUUGCACCUGUUGCCCAAUCUGGUGUGCGAAGGUAGUCGGCUGAACGACACGGCGGCGCUGGCCGAGCAGGAAGAGCACGAAAUCUUCCUACUCCACGCCAUCAUCUACGUCGAAGUGGCUGCCAUUUGCGUCCUGGCUCUGAAAUUGGCAUACGAUUUUUGGCACUAUUUCCGUUACGGUUCGUUACCUUGGAUCGCCACCAAGUUGCUCUAAACCGACAACAACAACAACCAAAAUUGAUCCAAAAUAAAAUGGAGAAUUUCGGGAUUAAAAAAAACAAACAGAAAACAAUGCUCACAUGAUUAUAGGAUGAUGGUUGUUACAAACAUUCUUCACGACGUCUAGUCGCAUUGGUCGUUUCACAUUAGAUGACGGCCGUUAUUAUUAUUAUUAUUAUUAUUAUUAUGUUUCCUUGUUAAUUACUAUAUGAUGCAAACAUUUUAAAUUGUGUGCGGUUACUCGUUCAUGUGCCAACUUGAUCAACGCGUUUACAAGAGUUGCGUUAUCCCUCGUUUUCAUUUGGUUUCCGAUCUCCCGGUGGUAAUGUCUGUGUGUGUGUGUACGUGCGUGAUAUCAAUCGAUUUGUUUUUCCCCCUGUGAAAAUUCACAUGUUGUAAAUAAGCCAAAGAUCGUUAAGUUCGACAGAUAUAUGUUUUUCCAACUUC